UGACCCGCCGCCCCACCGACUUGACUCCAGCCUCAUCAGCCUCGUGAAAACAUAACAAACACUCUCCUCCCUGCCUUGACGUGGUUGCAUGAGAACAGAGUUGGAGCAUCUGCUGUUACGACAGCCACCUGGGGCACCAGCUGCCACAAUGUCGAUCUGCCAAAAGCGGCGGCAACAACCGAAUUUGCCAGCGCAUAUAUUCAGCCACCAUAUCACAAAUAACCCCGAAAACGCCUAGAGCCAAAGUCGAGUCGCUACGCGCCCGAACAAGAUUGGAUUUCCGCAUCUUGGCUGAUCAUAUGUAGUGUAGUCCCUUUGGUCGAGGGGCGCCACCAGGGACGCUACUCAUCAAGACAGUCGGCGCUACAAAUACUCCCUCCGCCCCUGUCAACAUGGAGAUCAGUGAACUUUUUCUCACACCGCAAUCACCAUGGCGGAAAAGACGAAUGGCGCCAAAGAGCCUCACCCAGCGGUGAGGAGGCAAACCACCGAUAGAGACCUGGACGACUAUUUCAUUGGGCCACGCGACCUCGAUCACCACUCCAAAUGGCCAAUGUUUCUACGGCUACAUGGCAGCAUCACUCCGGAGAUGAUUCUACCGCUUCUCUUUGUCGGCGGCUGGUCAGCUAUGAUCACAUGUAUCUCGAAAUUCGUCCAUGACCUCGGAAUCAACCAACUCCUCCUCACCGUCCUUGGUUUCGUCGUCGGUCUCGCCCUCAGCUUCCGUAGCUCCACGGCGUACGAGCGCUACAACGAAGGCCGCAAGUACUGGGCCCAGCUCACUUUCGUCUCCCAGAACCUUGCGCGCCUUAUCUGGAUCCACGCCGACGAGCGACACGACAAAGAUGCCGCGCUCGGCAAGAAUGACCUGCUGGGCAAGAUCAGCUGCCUGAAUUUGAUCGCCGCCUACGCCGUAGCGCUGAAGCACAAGCUGCGUUUCGAGCCGGGCCUGCACUACGACGACUUGCAGCAUCUAGUCGGGCACCUGGAUACCUAUGCAAAGGCGGCCGAGCCUCCGGCACCGAAGAAGAAGAGCGUGUUCAAGACCGCCGGAGAGUUCCUCGGCGUCCCCAUGGCUGAGAGCAAUCCGCGAAAGCUGAUCAAGAGGGCGCGCGUGCCCCCUGGCAACCUGCCGCUGGAGAUCCUCUCGCACUUGUCGGCAUACAUGAAAACCAUCUACGACAACGGCACCUUCAAAGUCAGCAUCUACCAAACACAGUCCCUCAACGCGCUUACCACGAUGAACGACGUCCUCACAGGCACGGAGCGCAUCCUCAACACCCCGCUGCCCGUCGCCUACUCCAUCGCCAUCAGCCAGAUCACCUGGGUGUACAUCCUCCUGCUGCCCUUCCAGCUCUACAAAUCCCUCGGCUGGGUGACCAUACCCGCCAGCGUCUUCGCCGCCUACAUCAUCCUGGGCAUCGCGCUGAUUGGCCGCGAGAUCGAGAACCCCUUUGGAGACGACGUCAACGACCUCCCACUCGAUGCUUUCUGCGAGCAGAUUCGAAAGGAUAUCGAUAUCAUCAUGUCGCGCGUCGCGCCGUCGAGCGACGACUUUGUUGUCCACGAGGACAAUUUCCCGCUGUAUCCCCUGUCUCACCUGGGGAGCAAGGCUUGGGCCGACAAAAGUGUGGAUGAAAUUCGUGAUGCUUUAUCCGCGAAGCCCGGUUUGCAUUACCCGCUGGUUGAACAUGGGGAACACCCAAAGGCUCAGCAUAGGAACGGAAAUCAGCGUAGGACUGACGCCGCCGAGGACGACGCUGAGAGGGGGCAAGCGGAGCCUAGCCAGGCUGCUGGCGCCGAUGGUGGUGGCGACUAGAUAAGUGGAAAAGGGACUCUUUCACAUGACUGUCGUGCCGUGCGAGGUUUAGUAUUGACUGGGUACUUAAUGACUGUUCAGCAAGCAGUACUAUAGAGUAAUUGUAUAUCGUAAUCGAC